UGGUUGGGCGGCUUAGGUACCAAUUAAGUCGUAGGGAGGCUGUGGGUGGACAGGUGUGCUUGCCUUGUGGUCCAGGAGGCUGUGAGAAAGAAGUGCGUUGGUUGGCUUUCCUGCAGCCUGCGGUGUGAUGGUGUGCUGGUGAGGGUGGGGAGUCGGGAGUCCAGGAUGUGGGUAAGACAGGGAUUCCCUCCCAGCCCCCUGGAGAUUCCAGACGGCACAGAUAAUUACCAGGUGAUACAGUAAAUGCCACCUGAGCAGGGAGGGCAGGAAGGGGGCACUUUGGGCCUCGGCUCUGAGUUGUUCAUCGGGCAGAAGGGACUUCAGAGCUGGGAGUCGCAGCCAGGGCCAACACUGAGGCUUUGCAGAGCUCCCGAGCCUCCUGAAGUCCGUCUCAUCCAGCCCUCUGCUUCCUUUGAUCUUGAUCCUCUCUGGAGAGGAGGACCAGGGCCAGAAAGGGCAAGGUUUCCCAGGUCCCCAUACCAGCUCUCGGGGAGGUCAGGUAUGAAACCGGGAGCUCUAGGGCCUCUAUUGUACCCUUGAAUUCUGGAGUUGGACUCCAUCCACCAGAUGCCAGGCUGGCCUUGCUGCUGACCAUCCCGGAGGACCACACACUUGGCUAAGUACAGGCUCCACUCAUACCAAAGGAGUACCACCAGGAGGUAGCCUGCUCUAGCAGUUCAGGGAAGAUUGGUCUCUGCAGAGUGCAGGGGAGUUUCUGCCUAUCCAUACAGCUGUUUUUCAAGAACCACCUCACCUCCCCAAGAAAGGUUUGGGGGCUCUUACUGGACGAGCCAUGAAGAAUCGGUUUCUGGUGCUGGGCCUGGUGGCUGUGGUUCUGGUGUUUGUCAUCAUCGGCCUCUGCAUCUGGCUGCCCUACACCUCCAGGAAACCCGAUCAUGUGUACUCCAGGGCCGCCGUGGCCACGGACGCCAAGCGCUGCUCGGAGAUUGGACGGGAUAUGCUCCAGGAAGGUGGCUCUGUGGUGGACGCAGCCAUUGCAAGCCUGCUGUGUAUGGGGCUCAUGAACGCUCACAGUAUGGGCAUCGGGGGCGGCCUGUUCUUCACCAUCUACAACAGCACCACAGGAAAAGCUGAAGUUAUCAAUGCCCGUGAGGUGGCUCCCAGUUUGGCCUACAGCAGCAUGUUCAAUAAUUCUAAGGACUCUGAAGAAGGUGGCCUAUCGGUGGCCGUUCCUGGUGAGAUCCGCGGUUAUGAGCUGGCACACCAACGACAUGGCCGGCUACCCUGGGCUCACCUCUUCCAACCCAGCAUCCAGCUGGCUCGCCAUGGCUUCCCUGUGGGCAAGGGCUUGGCAAGAGCCCUGGACCAAAAGAGGGACAUCAUUGAGAAGACGCCAGCCUUGUGCGAGGUGUUCUGCCGGCAAGGGAAGGUGCUUCAGGAAGGAGAGACGUUGAUUAUGCCAAAGCUGGCUGAUACGUUGCAGGUACUGGCCCAGGAAGGCGCCAAGGCCUUCUACAAUGGGAGCCUCACAGCCCAGAUUGUGAAAGACAUCCAGGAGGCUGGGGGCAUCAUGACGGUUGAGGACCUGAACAACUACCGUGCGGAACUGAUUGAGCAUCCAAUGAGCAUGAGCCUCGGGGACUUGACCCUGUACGUGCCCAGUGCCCCACUCAGCGGGCCCGUGCUGGUUCUCAUCUUGAAUAUCCUCAAAGGAUACAACUUCUCUUCGAAGAGCGUUGCAACCCCAGAGCAGAAGGCGCUGACGUAUCACCGUAUCGUGGAGGCCUUUCGGUUUGCCUAUGCCAAGAGGACCAUGCUUGGUGACCCAAAGUUUGUCGAUGUGUCUCAGGUGAUCCGCAACAUGACCUCUGAGUUCUACGCUGCCCAGCUCCGAGCCCGCAUUACGGACGAAACCACUCAGCCAACCGCCUACUAUGAGCCCGAGGUCUACGUUCCGGAUGAUGGGGGCACUGCCCACCUGUCUGUGGUCUCAGAAGAUGGCAGUGCAGUGGCCGCCACCAGUACCAUCAACCUCUACUUUGGCUCCAAGGUCCUUUCUCGGGUCAGUGGUAUCCUGUUUAACGACGAGAUGGACGACUUCAGCUCACCCAACUUCUUCAACCAGUUUGGGGUAGCCCCCUCCCCAGCCAACUUCAUCAUGCCAGGUAAGCAACCCCUGUCGUCCAUGUGUCCCUCCAUCAUCGUGGACAAGGACGGCAAGGUUCGUAUGGUGGUCGGAGCCUCGGGAGGUACCCAGAUCACCACAUCCACUGCCCUGGCCAUCAUCAACAACCUUUGGUUCGGAUAUGAUGUGAAGAGAGCCAUAGAGGAGCCCCGGCUGCACAACCAGCUUUUGCCCAAUACCACGACAAUAGAGAAAGACCUCGAUCAGGCGGUGACUGCCGGCCUGAAGACUCGGCACCACUACACAGAGGUCACGUCCACCUACAUAGCUGUGGUUCAGGCCGUCGUUCGAACAUCUGGCGGUUGGGCAGCUGCCUCAGACUCCAGAAAAGGCGGGGAGCCCGCUGGCUACUGAGUGCCUGGAAGAGGCAAGACCGACCUGCAGCCAAGGGACGAGAGUGGGAAGAGGGACAAGAGUGGGACUCUGGAGAACAUGCUGCCCCUGGGUGGGACAGAGCGGCGUAAUAAACGGAGGCCACAGCAGAGCGGCGGGAAGCCUUUGCGGGCUGGACUUGCC